AUGAACUGCCAAGUGUCAAACCAGAGUCUGGAGUUUAAGACACACCAGUUGCAAUUUCUGCCGAUUUUCUCACACCGGAUUCCGCUUCUUGCCAACAAUAACAGGUACCCAUUUGACUCCUAUGACCGCAUCUGGCAGUCUUACGGCGACGUCGCUGCGUGGACCAACAUAAUGACGACGGCCGACGUGGACGUCUCCAAGGCCAGCAGCUUCGACGCGCCGCCUGUGGUGCUGCGGAGUGCCGCCACUCCGGUGAACGGAACCCGGCUCGACUUCUCAUGGAGCCCGGACACCUCCCAGAACAACGACAGCAGCACCGCAGCCUACCUCCUGCUGCUCUACUUCGCUGAGCUACAGCAGCUGCCAGGCAACGCGCUGAGGCGGUUCGACAUCCUCGUCGACGCCGCCUCAUGGAACGGCAGCCGGAGUUACACCCCGAAGUACCUCUCCGCAGAGGUUGUGGAACAGGUGGUGGUGCAGGGGUCAGGCCAGCACACCGUCUCGCUUGUCGCCACGCCGGAUGCCACACUCCCGCCCAUCCUGAACGCGUUCGAGAUAUACUCACUGCGGCAGAUGACUGAGCUUGCAACGAACAAUGGAGACGCCAAGGCCAUGAUGGGAAUUCGCAAGACGUACAUGCUGAAGAAAAACUGGAUGGGUGAUCCUUGUGCGCCGAAAGCAUUUGCCUGGAAUGGCCUGAACUGCAGUUAUUCUUCAUCUGGUCCUGCAUGGAUAACAGCUCUAGUAUUGUCAUCUAGUGUGUUGACCGGUGCAGUUGAUCCUUCUUUCGGUGAUCUAAAAUCUCUUCAAUACCUGGACUUGUCCAAUAACAGCCUGUCUGGUCCAAUACCUGAUUUUCUGGCACAAAUGCCAUCACUUAAAUUCCUUGAUUUGUCAAGCAACAAACUCAGUGGAUCAAUUCCUGCAGCUCUAGUACGAAAGCGUCAAAAUGGAUCCCUUGUAUUAAGGAUUGGUAAUAAUGCAAAUAUCUGUGACAAUGGUGCUUCUACAUGUGCUCCAAACGACAAGAAAAAUAACAGACAACUCAUCAUUGCGAUAGCCGUUCCAAUAGCUGUAGCUACUCUACUGUUUGUGGCAGCAAUUAUCAUCCUUCAUAGAAGGAGAAUUAAACAAGAUACAUGGAUGGCAAAUAGCGCAAGGCUUAAUAGCCCCAGGGACAGGGAGAGGUCGAACCUGUUUGAGAAUAGACAGUUCAGCUACAAAGAGCUGAAGCUCAUCACAGCUAACUUCAAGGAAGAAGUAGGGCGAGGAGGAUUUGGUGCUGUGUUUCUAGGCUAUUUGGAGAAUGGAAGCCCAGUUGCUGUGAAGAUCCGUUCAAAAACAUCAUCUCAAGGGGACAGGGAGUUUCUAUCUGAGGCCCAACACUUAAGUCGAGUUCACCACAGGAACCUGGUUUCCUUGAUUGGUUAUUGCAAGGACAAGAAACAACUGGCCCUUGUCUAUGAAUAUAUGCAUGGUGGAGACCUAGAGGAUCGUCUAAGAGGAGAGGUCUCUAUUGCUACGCCCCUCAGUUGGCACCGGCGUCUCAAGAUUGCUCUCGACUCUGCCCAUGGAUUGGAGUAUCUACAUAAGUCCUGCCAACCGCCACUGAUCCAUAGGGAUGUGAAAACAAAGAACAUCCUGCUAUCUGCUGACCUAGAUGCAAAGAUAUCUGACUUUGGCCUGACCAAGGUGUUCGCAGAUGAGUUCAUGACCCAUAUUACUACCCAACCAGCAGGCACCCUGGGGUAUCUUGACCCUGAAUACUAUAAUACAUCCCGGCUCAGUGAGAAGAGUGACGUGUAUAGUUUUGGAGUUGUACUACUGGAGCUUAUAACCGGUCAGUCGCCGGCGGUCGCCAUUACUGACACUGAGAGUAUCCAUAUAGCACAGUGGGUGCGCCAAAAGCUCUCCGAGGGUAACAUCGAGAGCAUUGCAGACUCAAAGAUGGGGAGGGAGUAUGAUGUCAACUCAGUCUGGAAGGUUACAGAGCUGGCACUGCACUGCAAAGAACAACCAUCACGGGAACGACCAACGAUGACAGAUGUUGUGGCUGAGCUCAAGGAAUGCUUGGAGCUGGAGGUGUCUCGUGGAAUGGGCAAUUACAACUCAGUCACUAGCGGCACAAGUAAUCUCAGUGCAACAAGCGCUGACUCGCACAACGAUGCUCAAGCAAAUGAUCUGAAACAGCAAAGUGUGCUUGAGUUGGGGCAGGUUGGCGAUACAUCGUCGACUCACAUAGGUCCGGCACCAAGAUGAGACCAACAGUCUAAUUUUGUAUGGUUUUAGAGUCUCGGGUUUGUAUAUAAGUUUGGUAUGCAUCAGAAACUUUAGUCCUGUAUUUGUAGCAAGUAACUGAUGAGGAACUAAAGUUGGAUCUCUGUGGACUAUAUAAUUAGGAUGUGAGCUUGGUGUGAGAA